GAGGGGGGAGAGAGAGAUUCCCAGGGGCAGAGCCAAUCCAGUUGGAAGGGGAGAGCUCUCUCACUCGCACACACUGAGCAAUGGGAUCAGACACGGGGAUCGCUGUGACCCAGAAAUUGUUCCAGAUCUGCAAGUAAAGGGCCGACACUGGGGGACUGACACUGGGGAGGGAGGGUCGGGCUGGAGCUGGAGCAGUGACUCGGCGAAUUGCAGCGCACGAUUAACAGGAAGGGGAUGAAUUGAUGAUCAUUUGAUUUCUCCACCGACUCCCGGCCGCCCGCGAGGAUGUAAAGCGCAGACAGGUCUGCUGGAUAAGGGAAGAGAUGUAUGCACAAAUGUUGACUUGUUAAUAAGAAUUCAUGGUGCCGUGCUGCAUAUAAAUGACCUGCAAGGAAAAACAUUCCACAUGAGACAAUUACAAAGUUGUGUGGCAACUUUUUCACUGGAAAGUAGCCAGCAUGGCGGGAAGAAGAAAGAAUGAGAAUGGUGUAACCCAACUGAAAAGGUACUAAAGAACUUGGCAAUCUAGACAUAGUCCAAACAUAACCUCUGCAGAGGGACCUUUCCAGUGCUGGAGCAGGAGAGCUGGACAGUUCUGUGCGAUUAUUUGAAUGGAGAGAGAAGACAGGCGCUUCCACAGCUUUCUCUAAAAAAGUGCUGAGAGAUGGUAGUGCGAGAUGUCCGGGGACUAUGAAGAGGAUAUUUGCCGCAGCACUAUAUCGCUGAUGAGGGAGCUAUGCGACAGUAUGCAAAGCUAUGCCGAGAAUGAAAAAUGUCUGGAUUUUUAUGACUUGUUGCGAAGUCACGGCCUGCCACGUGUCAUCAACAAAGAUAUUUCUGUCAGUUUGCUGUCGGUCAUUGUCACCUUCUGCGGGAUUGUUUUAUUAGGAGUCUCACUCUUUGUUUCCUGGAAGUUGUGUUGGAUUCCAUGGAGGGACAAAGGAUCAUCACAGACCCAACGGAAAGAUCAUGGACAUCAUGGUCAUCUCCACCAUUCUCACUAUGGGGACAUGUUAGCAGACCGUGUGGAGCUUGGACCUGAGAUGCCUGAACGGUCCUAUUUAGAUAUGGACUCCUAUCCAGAAACCAACAUUAAGAUAAGUCAGACAUCUCCUGACAUCCCUGUGGAUAGUCAACCAGCCAAGGAAUCUCAGAUCCCAUGUGCUCAGUCUCACCAGCAAGUGGCAAAUAUAGCCCCAGCAAACAGGUAUAGUACUCUGCCCAGACCCAUGACCACACAGUUGUCUAGCCCUGAUUUUUCAGGUCAUGUGGAUGAAAAGCCAGAACAAGCCACCAGCAUUGGACAGAUCAAGCCAGAGUUGUACAAGCAACGAUCAGCCGAUGCAGAGAUGAAGAAGCAGGAGGCUACCAGCUGUGGCCGUAUCAGCUUAAUUCUUCGCUAUGCCUACAACUCUGAGCAGCUAGUGGUGAAGAUCCUGAAGGCAUUAGAUCUACCAGCAAAGGAUGCAAAUGGUUUCUCCGACCCCUAUGUAAAGAUGUAUCUGCUGCCUGAUCGCAAGAAAAAAUUUCAGACCAAGGUUCACCGGAAGACUCUUAACCCAAUCUUUAAUGAGACAUUCCAUUUCAAUGUGCCCGUUAAUGAACUGCAGAAUCGCAAAUUGCACUUCAGUAUCUAUGACUUUGAUCGCUUCUCCCGUCAUGACCUUAUUGGACAAGUGGUGCUGGAUAACCUGUUGGAGUUUUCAAAUGCAACAGAUGAGACUGCCAUUUGGAGAGACAUCUUGGAAGCCAGCUCUGAGAAAGCAGAUCUGGGUGAGGUCAACUUCUCCCUGUGUUACCUCCCGACUGCCGGUCGCCUCACCGCUACUAUCAUUAAAGCAACGAACCUGAAAGCUAUGGAUCUAACAGGAUUCUCCGAUCCUUAUGUAAAAGCCUCUCUCAUCUGCGAGGGAAGGAGACUAAAGAAAAGGAAAACCUCCAUAAAAAAGAACACGCUGAACCCAACCUACAACGAGGCCCUUGUCUUUGACAUUCCCAAUGAGAAUAUGGACCAUGUAAGCCUCACCAUUGCCGUUAUGGACUAUGAUUGUAUAGGGCACAAUGAGGUCAUUGGAAUGUGCCGAGUGGGAGGCGACGCUGAUAUGCAGGGCAGAGAACACUGGAAUGAGAUGCUGGCGAACCCCAGAAAACCCAUAGAGCACUGGCAUCAACUGGUAGAGGAGAAAGCAUUAAGCAGCUUUAUGACUAAAUCGCCCCCGCCUCGAGACAAACCAAACAUAAUUGUGGACAAUACACAGUCUGACUAGGAGCUUUUUCUAUCUAGGAAGAGAGAAACAGAUCACAAGAGCUGUCGUCAAGUCACAUACGUCACUCUGUCUAUUUCCUCUUCAUUUUGUAGUUUUCAUGAGGAGGAGGGGUAAAGACUCCUGGAGAUGAAGUAAAGAAGAAAAGGCUAUACGAUGCACCAGAUUAUUGCAGAUGCAUUUUGAUUUUCAAAAAAAGCCAUAGAGUACUCAUGUACAUAUUAAUCAAUCUCUACUGGUUCACGGUGAACAUGGAAGAUCUUUUUUUGAUCACCGUUAUUUCAGAGAGGACAGUGAUGGACUGUUAGUCACCAUAUCAAACUCCAGCAAUGCACUAAACACAGCAUGGGCAAUGCAAUGAAGAAGGUUCUCCAGAGCAGCUCUAAAUCUCUAGGUGCAAGGACUUUGAGCAGCAUAAGGAGGAAAACCCAACUGAGUGAUCUGCAUGUUAUGGAAAAGAAUCUCUGCUCAGCCUCAUUUUACCUGCCUGGGCAGGAGAAGCAGUGCUUGGCUUCAGAAAUAUCUCCAUCAUGGUCUUAAUAUCAUCUCUUAUUUUACACCUAACGGCUCAGUGAUAAGGGAAUGUCCCCUUCACCAUUAGAGUGACUUCCAGUGUUAAAACCAUGAGGUUUGUCGGAUGGUGGCUUCACAAACUCAUUUACAAAGUAGGCUGAUGUUACUGGGAGGAUGGUGGAUCAGGGAGAGUUUUCUGUGAAGGAUCUGAAUCCGUGAACAGCAAAAUAUCUUCUAUGACCCUGUCCUCUAGAAGCAAGAAAUAGGCACUUUUUUGUCGACUGUCUUUCUAUUGUAGAAUUGUACAUUCUGUGUGUGUGGGUGAGAUUGAAAACGAUGUCCAUUUGAGUGGUACUUGAUGGUUUCCCUUCUUCCUAUACAACGUUAAAUAUAACAUUGUUAUUAAGGUGAGUGCGAGUUCAAUCACUUGUUACAUGUUUAUGGUGUGAUUGUGAACAUCUAAAGGGGUCUUUCAGCUGAAAUAUAGAGCUGACACACAAGCUGAACUCUCCUAUAUGAGGGGAGAUGCGAAAGACGGGCAGUUUGUGGUCAUUAAAACAACGAGAAGGAGCAUGAGAAGAUCAGAGCACUUGGAUUUAGUUGGCACUUUUCUAGUAAGAGAAGAUCAAGGAGAAUGUUUCUUGGUAGAAACAGAUUGUUGCCUUCCAGUACUCAUUUUUUAUAUUCGUAUUAUGCCAAGAAUAAAAGGAAAUAAAUGCAUAUAUCAAAAUAAAAGUAGCCAUGCUGAAACCUCUUCAUGCAAAUGUGAAAAAAAGGACCAGGUAAGCGGGGCUUGUGCUUGUACAAUGACCAAUUUGUAGUUAUUUUGCUCCUGGUUUUUGCCUUCUGUAGACCCAUAUCAAGUUCUGAAAGAUAUAUGUCUCAAACACCAUAUCAUUUGCUUAAAAAGAAGAAUGUGUUCUAUCACAGUCACCUCAUUAAAAGCCAUCAUGGUGUCUUCAUAUUUUCCCGAGGUCGAGUGUUCCCAGAUCUUUCUAUUAUUAUUAUUUUUAUUUUUUUUAAAUGUAUGAAAGAAUCUCUAACUUUUAUACACUUUAAAAUGAGUAAAACCAAGAUUUCAAUACAUUUUUAUAAAUUCGCCUUAAAAAAAAUCUGGACAUUUAAAAUGUGGCAAGAUAAAAAAGAUCACACAAGAACAAAUACAUUGGCAAUUCUAAAUUUAAUAUAAAAAAAAAUGAAUAUAUACUUUUUUGUCACUCCUAAGGGGGUGGCUUUAUUUUAGCCCCUGGUAUUUUCUAAAUGUUCCUCUCCUACAAUUGAAUAGACUGGGGAUUGCAUGGAAUUCAUAGCAUGCUCUAAAGUUUCGCAGGGACUACUCGGCUCCUUAGAAAACCCACCAAUCGCCUUUAUCCCUGAAGUGGGGAAAAAUGUAAAAAGAAAGUUUUAAGGGUGAUUCACUGAAAAACAUUUAUGGAAACUUGAACCAAAUGCACGUCUGUUAUUUGUUGGGGGGAAAAAAAGUAUAACAUUUGUUUGUUUUUUGUGUGUGAGAAAAUGCUCAUUUUUAACAGUUGCCAUCUGCAAAGCCAUACCAAAAAUGAAAAAAAUGACAAAAAAAAAAUAAAAAUGUGAAAUUAAAAA